AUUAGCAAUUACCUAGUAUAUACCAAGCUCUUUGAUUCGCGUGUCUCGUUUAUACGAAUAUAUUAAGCAAUUUAGUUAUUUCGUAUGCGUAUCAAAGUGUUCAGUGUAAGCUAGAUAAAUCGCAUUAGCAAUCGUCGGACUCACAAUACUUAGUCUAUAACUCUUAAUGACAUUUCAAUAUUAUUACAUUAUCAUUAAGAGUUACAAAAUAAGUUUGUUUGCAUUAUUCGUUCAAGUCAUGUUACAACUUAGCAAAUUGUCUGCACGAUUCGAUUCUGCGAGGAUGAAUGUCGAAGAAUCAAGGCUCAAGACGUUUCGCGAAUGGCCAACAAACGCUGCAGUUGAUCCAGCGCGUCUUGCAAAAGCAGGAUUUUAUUACACUGGAAACAACUCGGAAGUGCAAUGUUUUAUGUGCAAUGUGAAGAUUGCUGACUGGAAUUACGGUGAUCAAGCUAUGGUCCGUCAUCGAAUAACAUCACCUAAUUGCCCCUUUGUCAUCUCUCCAACUGGAACAUGCAAUGUUCCAUUGAUACCAGUGUCAGCUGAUAAUGCUGCUGCAGCAUCGACAACGUGUCAGCAAUCAUCAGACCCACACUCCAACAGUGAAAAUAGUCAGAGUGUACCACAAAGAUCAUCUCUUAUCAGAGAAUACAGUGAUUUGGCACAAAGGCUACUGUCAUUUAGAAAUUGGCCAAAAACUAAUAUAAUUCACCCAAAGGAGCUGGCUGAAGCAGGAUUUUACUAUUUGCAAGACAAAGAUAUGGUGGAAUGCGCAUUUUGCAGAGGUGUCCUGAUGAAUUGGAAACAUGGUGAUGAUCCGGAUAGUUCGCACAGAUUGUACUUUCCAAAUUGUGAUUUUUAUAUGAGACAUAACGAAACAGAUGAUGUAUUUAAAUUAGUUAGUGUGCCUAAAGCUAGAAUAAACGAGCCUAUGACACAAUUAGGAAUACAUACACAUAAAGGACCUCAAAGACCAGAAUACGCAAUGUACGAAAAAAGAUUGCAGACCUUUAGAGGAUGGCCAAGAGACCUUAAGCAAACUCCAGAGAUGUUAGCUGAGGCUGGAUUUUAUUAUUGCGGAUACGAGGAUCAAGUUAGAUGUUUUUAUUGUGACGGAGGAUUACGAACUUGGCAACCAACGGAUGACGUAUGGAUUGAACACGCACGGUGGUUUGAAAAAUGUGGCUUUGUAAAUCUUGUACGCGGACAUGACUUUGUCAAACAUUGCAUUAAUAAUAGAACUCCUUUGGAUCUUUCGAUUAUCACUGGUGUGCCAGAAGAAAAUAAUGCCGCAGAAUCUUUAGUUGAAUCUCUUACUUCAACUUCACGAUCUCGCGAACCAGAUACAUUAUCUGUGGCAGAUAUCGUAGAAACUUCAGCUGCAUCUUUUCCCACGGUUUCUCAACUUGGCGAAUCAGAUACAGCAAUAAGUGUCACAGAAACUAUGGUUACAUCUCCGUUGACAGUUUUACAAUCAAGCGUACAAAUGACACAUGCAGCAGUUGAGAAGCUUUUAGAGACAACUCUGGUUAAGGCUGCUCUUGAAAUUGGGGUACAUAUAGGUAGAGUAAAAAAAGCUCUAAAGAAAAGAAUGGAAAGCGUCGGCAAACCAUACACGGAUGUUAUACAACUCAUACAAGACAUUCUAUACGAUCAAAUUAUAGAAAAAGAUAAUAGGCCUGAUGAUAAUACUUCUAACUCACCAACUUCGGAAUUGAAUAAUUUAUUUCAUCAAAUCACUAUGCAAAUAACUGUUAAUUCCACAAAUAAAAAUAGCACACAAAAAUCUGAUACAUUCGAAAGAGAUCUCGAGAAGAGAAAAACGGAUAAUGAAUCAGACGAGCUUAUGUUUUUGCGAGAGGAAAACAGAAAAUUGAGGGAAGCUCGUUUAUGCAAAGUUUGUAUGGAUCAUGACCUAGCCGUGGUAUUUUUACCUUGUGGACAUUUAGCAACGUGCAACCACUGCGCACCGGCUCUUGCAAACUGUCCGUUAUGUAGAUUGGGGAUUCGCGCUUACACCUUAACACGUGCCGGGAUUGGAAGACUUCUCUCCUCCCUUCUUUCUUUCUUUCUUCCUUCUUCCCUCCUUUAUUCUACUUAUCCCAAAGGCCAAAUGCAAGAUUCGCCGGUCUGGCCUUCCUCUCCGGAAUAUUUCCCGCACAGCUACGUUUGGGUCAAUCGUCAUCUCGUAGUGCGUUGCGAUCCAGUCGACUGGAAUCGCGUCAUCGUCACUCCCGCCGGCUAAGUGGAAACUGAGCGGCACUGGAAUCUGGAUCUCGGUGGAUAGCUGGGUGAUAUAUUUGGAACAUAAUCAGUGACGCGCCGGCAUCUUCCGGAAGAGUUUCGCGCGAAAUCGCCUUCCGUUAGUUCCGUUUCCAGUAUUGGCGAUUAACUAGCGUGGAAGUGUUGACGCAACGUACACUCACACCAUCUUAAGUGGUAAGUCAGCGUGCUGAAUGAAGGAAAACGGUGUGGAAGAAAAGUACAGAGAUAAGUAGAUAAGAUUGCAUGCUUCCGCUCCCCCCUGCCCAUUCUUCAAUUUUUCUACUAUCAUUCUCGCUGUGCCACGACGAAAAAACUUGUCAAUUCCCGCAAAAGAUCAGUUCUCCUCUCUCCCUCUCCCUGCCGUUGUACUGAGCGAUUAACGCUGCUUUUUUUUGUCUCAUUUCCGCUCGCGGAUAGAGAGUGAUUGUUGCAAAGAGGACGUGAAUAAUUUGGCCAGGACGCAUGCACUGGCUGCGUCACGUCACACGUGGCGCCACGCCGUGUUCCGCUCUUUCUCUUUCGUACAAAGGCACAGCUUGGUACGUGAAAUAUUCCAUCCGUUUUCCGUUGUCACUUUGUCGUUGUCUGCUUUAUCCCCUCCCCUCAUUCAUUCACUCAUACUCUCUCUUUCUCUGUCUUUUCCUCUCUCCCUCUAUUUCCUUUUUCUCUCUUUGUU